CUGGCUGUUUUCAAUCAUUUGCUUGCAUAUGUAGACUCUCAACUGUAUGCUCGAUUGUCCGAUUUGGAUUUCUAUCCAGAACUAUUUGCCAUUCCAUGGUUUUUAACUUGUUUUGCUCAUGUUCUACCUUUACACAAGCUCUUCCAUGUUUGGGACGUACUUUUGUUGAAAGAUUCCUCUUUUCCCCUUUUCAUUGGAUUGGCGAUCUUACGACAAUUGCGUCAUCGUCUAAUUGAAGCUUCGUUCAACGAUGCAAUUCUCCUGUUUUCUGAUUUGCCAGACUUGUCCAUGGAGCGUGUAAUAUCAGAUUCACUAAUGUACUACGAGCGAGUACCACCCAGUUGCGCAUUUCGUCUGAACGGCGAUCUGGAAUCAAGUAUGAGGGUAGAUGAGCCGGGCAACCUCAUUCCAACCUUCUGUAAGCUUAAACAUCAUGAACUCAAAGCUUGGGACUGUCCUCGUAUGAGUAAAGAGGAAUUUGUUUGGAGG